UGUCUUCUGUCUGGAAUAAACUACGAUUCAAGACAACAUCCCCAGAAUAUAGCCCUAGUCGACUGAGACCAAUAGGAGAUUACAUCGCAGAGCCUCUUCGUGACUUCAACAAAAGAGAAAUUUUCCAUAGGUUCGGGUGCUUGCAUCAGAAGAAAGGAAGGUGAAGUACUCCUGACACAAUAGCUGAGGUGGGAGCCUCGUGCACGGACGGUCGGCUUUGUCUUGUACAACACCGUCAUUUAUCUUUGGAAACAAGACCACCGAAUUACAACUCCAAAUUCUAGGCUACCAGCGCAUUCCCCAGAGCAUUUUCUCUGCAGACUGACAAUCUGACACCUUGGAUGACAACCACCAGACAGGCACGGACUGCAUGAAGUCCUCCCCAUCCAGCAAUGGACAUCGGGGACAAUGAGGGGGACCUCGCAGGCUUCCCAGAGGCACCCACAAAGAAACCCAGAGUGCUGCCCGACGACCUCCCCCGCUCCCUAGACGAUCGAAAAUCCGUCCCCCAAUACACCGGCGAGACGGAAUUCUACGAUGGAUGGGGAGGGCAAUCACAGUUCCUCACCACUCCCGUCCUGGCGAAACCGCUCGAAUUCAAGAGUCUGAGUCUGGAUGAUCAUGGCUACGAUGAUGAUUUGACGACGCAGAAGAUUGGGGAUAGUGAGACGAGACUUAUGGAGAUGCUUGCAGCGCAAGCCGCACACCGGGAUGGUUCUGCCAAUGCCUCCGAAGACGAAGACACUGUUGCGACGAACGAGAAGCUGUCUGAUGACGAGAAGAAGGAGGUUCUUCAGAAAGCGCUGAACAUGGCGGCUAGUAAUGGGGACGUGGAACGGAUCGAGAGGAUAUUGAAGGGGAAGGCGAAGGAUUUUGUGGAUAUCGAUGCUCCGGAUGAGGAGGGCACUGCUCCUAUCAUCUAUGCGAGCUGUUUUGGUCAUGAAGCGGUGGUGACGGCUCUACUGGAUGCCGGGGCGAAGGUCGACAAUCAAGACAGGAACCAGUGGAGUGCUUUGAUGUGGGCUAUGACAAACAGGCAUAAAGGCAUCACAAAGGCAUUGCUGGACCAUGGAGCGUCUACCGAUAUCAAAUCUUCUUCCGGGAGGACGGCGUUCGAUUUUGUGGCUCCGGACAGCGAGAUUUCAGAGUAUCUACAUGACAGUGGAUAUGGGAAUCAGAUAGGAAGCGUGGGAGUAGGUGGAGACUGGUACAACGAAGGGCUCGCCGAAGACCGGUUCGAAGAAGAGAUGGCCGAGAAUGAGCUGAGAAGACGAAUGAUGAUGGAUAGUGCUCGGGAUCUGGAGGUUGAUAUAGGGAACAUGGGCAUGGAUGACCAACCAGAGGACCCAGAAGAGCUUGAGGAAGAAGAACAAGAAUUCGACUGGAGCAGAUGUUUGCAUGACCAGAUGUUCGUAUUCCAAGAGAGCGAACUGAGCAGAAUUCUCGACAUUAUCAUCACCAACAUGACACCUCAAAGAUCACCAUCACAAAAACCAGUUCCAGCCAACGUCCUAUUCCUCAGUGCGAGAUAUGCGCAUUACCACGCCCACCAUGAUCUUCUAGCUAAGCUUCUCAUUACUGCUAUCGACAAGAUCAACGAUGUUGUUGAGACUCAUCAAUGGGAUAUGACGAUUUUGGCUUUCUGGAUAUCAAAUGCAACUCUUUUAUUGCACUACUUGAAGAAGGAUGCCGGACUAUCAGAUUCUACUUCGAACUUCCAAUUACAGCUGGCAGAGCUGAUCAAUGAGAUCUUCAUAUUGAUCAUCAGAGAUGCAGAGAGAAGAAUCGAUAAAGUCCUGGACUCAGCGAUGCUUGAUCACGAGACUAUACCUGGGUUCGAAGAUAUUACAUUUCAAAACGAAUGGAAGAUCUUCAAAAGGAAAAAUCAGGUUAAGGAGGAGCCAGUAGAGAAGAGGUACCGACCACCAUCACCGAAAGCGCGAGCAAAACCCUCGCCAAGGAACGUGACCUCCUUACUGUCAUCAACGUUGUUUGUCCUGGACUUAUAUGACAUCCAUUCUGUCAUUACUGCGCAAAUUCUUGCCCAGUUGUUAUAUUGGAUAGGGGCUGAGCUUUUCAAUCGGAUUAUGUCGAAUCGGAAAUACUUGGCGCGAACGAAGGCCAUGCAAAUCCGAAUGAACAUCUCGAGUCUCGAGGACUGGGCUCGGGGAAACAAUCGACAGCCUGAGCAUUACGAGCAUGGAUCGAUGACAUCCAGUGGUGAGACUACCAUCGACUCGGCUCGAACACAUUUAGCACCUGUCAUUCAGCUGUUACAGUGGCUUCAAUGUUUUUCGUCACUAACACAAGACGACUUCGAAGCUCUUGUGAGCACCUUACAACAACUUACGCGACUUACACCGCAGCAAUUGUUACACGCUGUGGAUCAUUACAGACCCGAGGUCGGGGAGAAGGGUCUUCCGAGGAGUGCAAAGAAGUACUUAAUGGAUCUGCAGAAGAGUCUAGCAGAAAGGAAGCAGCAGCAACGAAUGUCGAGGCGACGAUCUGGCGCACCUGUCACACCCACCAAGAAAAAUGGCCAAAAUCCCAACACUCCGGAAUCCAAUGGAAAGGGUGCGCCGCCGAACACCAUGAAACCAUUGCCGGCCGAUCAAAUCCCGGACGACGACGACGAUGCACCAGAGCAUAUGUUACUUGACCCCGCCCUGAUGCUACCUUUUUCCUUACCAACAAGUACAGAUAUGCUUGUGACCUAUGGAGCUGGAUUCGGAGGAUUGAAUAGAGAACGGGAGAGGAAGUACAUACCUACCGUUCCUGCGGAAUUCUUGACGAAGCUCGAUCUGAGUGGAGGGAGAGCGCAGUCUACGUAUGAGGAACGGGACUGGGAAAAUGAAGAUCUGUGAGUGUGAGUGUUAGAGUGUGUUACUCAAAAUGAGACAUGGUGGGACUACGGUUGGGCAGAACAAAGCAUAGGGAAAGAGUGGCAGCAUUGCGUGGCGUUUGUGGGGAGUGUCCAGAUUUCACAGCUGGCAGAUAUGUUCUCAAUUCGGAUGCUCAUAUGAUAUCGAGUCCUUGCAUGAUAAGAAGAAGAAUAUAUUUCUGCCAAGAG